CUCUUUUACAACAAUGUCGAACUCUUUACUCUCUUUCUUCAAUAAGAAGUCAUUAGACGACACAAUGAAACUCAGGGAGCCUGGCGUCAAAAAUGCUAUAUAUAGAGAUGAGUUGAGUAAGAAGCCAAUUUCAAAUUACAGGCAAAAGAUUAACUGCAGUUACUUGGAAAGUUCGGAACCACUGCUCAGCAAGAGGGAAGAAAAAGAAGAUGGGAAAGGAGUAGUGGUGAUGAGAGUAAAAGUUAAGAUGACAAAGCAAGAAGCAGCUCGAAUGCUUUCCAGGUGCAAAAAUGGAGGGGUUCUUGAAUUCAAGGAUGUGGCAAAUGAGCUCACAAAGAUUCCAAUCAAUCGUGUUACCCUUGAUCAGUCCCCUGCUUGUACUAGCAGUGCUGCAGGUCCGGUUUUGAAGAGCAUCCCUGAAGAAUAUUGAGAUCGGAGUUCCGUUGCAGCUUCCAUUAUUAGGAAGAAUACUAUUAGCUAGCACUAAUUCUUUUCCCUCCAUCACAAAAUAGCAAAUAUAUUAGCAGGGGAGUAUAUACUUGAGAUGUUUUGUAAUAGACAUUUUCUUAAAAUUUGAAUUCGGAUAUUCGUUGUUGGUUGACAUUUAAAUUAAGCUUAUACUGAUUAAAGGAGCA